UUAGGGCUUAAAAAGGCCCUUCUUCCGCCACGACCUGUCCAGUGUCGAUCGAACCUCCAAUCAGAACACACGUUCCUCUUAGAAGUCAAAGAGAUUCUUUUCGUGCCCACUUGGAACUGGUUUAAAGACGAAUUUUGAAAUGCUGUUCAUAUCGCUGGCCGUAAUCACUUUCGGCCUGGCCCAAACGCUGCCCAUCGUGGACGAGGCCAUUGAAACGCCAUCGACAGAGGCUGGAGGCCAUCCAGAUGGAGGGCGGAGUGGAGUGGUCUUCGAUCAACGGCAAACUGGCAAAUACAACAUCCAUGUGAGCAUCAAGGAUGUGGCCAUCAUCGAGGUGGGCCAGAACGGACUGGCCGAAGAGUCGUAUAACGAUGAGGAGGAUUACUACUAUGAUGACAGUGCGUUGACCGUCAAACCGAUCAAGUUAAGCACCGAGGCAAGCACCAGCACCACCGUCACAAGCACCACAACAACUUCUAGCACCCCAGCAGGAGCACCACCUGCUGAAAUCACUAGCCCCACCACCAUCUCUUCUAAGCCCAAGUCCAGGUUGAAUAAUCUGAUGAUUGUCGAGACUCCGAUUGGUGGUGCCACUGUUAAGCCACUGCACCAUCCUGGACCACCGCUGCAUGCCAGAUCCAAAGAUGUACCGAUUAUGGCUGCUGCUGCUGCUGCGGCUUCUGGUGGCAUUACGCCACCCUCCCUCCCUGAUAGUAUUGAGUAUACCCCUCCCCAAGGUCACAACUCGCCCAUAUUCAAGGUCAAGGUUCAACGAUCCUCGAAUCCGGUCACCAAGAAGCCAGCCCGCUGUCGAAACCAUCAGGUGCGAGAUGGCCAGGGCAAGUGCACCGACUCCAUCUACAGAAAGCUGUUCGGCAUGCUGAAGGGGCUGAAUUUUCCUUUUUUGGCAGCCAAUGCGGCCCAAAGCAAUUGAUGACUCAACAAUGUAUGACUUUCGGGAAGCCCUUAAUUGGAUCUUAGCCAUAAGACUGAAAUUAUGAAGUGAACUUUAAUACUUGGUGUGAUUAAAUGUGUGUGGAAUCAAUAAAAUCAGACUAAAAAUCAA